AGACAGUUGACACUGAUAUCACUCUGGUAUAUAGAAAGCAGCAGAGAGGAAAAGGAAGAAACAUAAAGGAACUAAAAGUCCAUUCCACUAUAUUGACCUAACGGAGGAAAAAGAAAGAGUAUAACAGAAAACGAGAAAGAGUGAGAGAGGGAGAGGGGAAGAUGAGACGGGAAGUCAAAACACGGAAUACGGAACAGACGAGGCUUUGAUACGAGGGACACUACUUUUCAACAUGGAAUACUGAGUAGACUUGGUUCUGACAUUUCCCAGCUACAACCACGGAAUGACCAGGCUAUUUCCUGUGUCUUGUGUGGGGUAGUCUCCAGUUAGGGACUGGGAAGUCCCAUGACAAGCUUCAGUAGUAUUGGCAGUACCAGGGCACGCGGUGCGCUAGCGGUAGCAUUGCCUGGGUAACAGCAGGGAGAAGUAAAGGGGUUUUGUGGCAGUCAGGGAAUGACACUGCUGUUCUCCUCAAUCAGAUGGUGUUCAGCGAGGUGUGCGCUGCUGUAGCCCGGUCGCAGUCCGUAAGCUUCGCACUCUGCGGGCCUGGCCCCUGCCCGCCACUGUAUUAGGAGCUGCCAGUCAGAACCAACAUCCGAGUCGGCGCAGACCUCAGCAGCUGAUCUGAGUUCAGGGGCAGAGCGGAUACCGAACACGCGACUCAGCACAUGGUGAACAUGGUGACAGAACGCAGCUGCGUGAGGCACAGCUAGGCACAGUGUGACACCACACAGGCGUACAGGCGCAUGUGUGAUUUGUACGUGUCCGUAGGCUCACAGUGAUGCUCUGUGCGUGACAGUGUAAGAGGUUUUUAUACAUCUGGAAAGCAGUUGCCAUCACAGGAGACGUUGAAGUGUGAUAGCGAGCAGUAGGAGACAGUUUGGCUGAUGACAUGUUUGGAUUAUUAAAGUCUCAUCUGUGGGGGUUUGGAACUAUCGGUUGGGGUUGUUGAUACUCGUUUGUUUGCGUUUUCUGGCCUGCGGUCUGCCAUUUAACUUGUUCUAGCCUAUUGGUUUGGAUAUUGAUUUAUUUUUUUAUUGUGGUUACGUUUAGUUGUCUAGUUUGACACAGCAGUGCCAGUCAUUCGGCUAAUUGUGUGGUUAGCCAAACAGUCACUGAUGGUGAGUGGUAGGCUUGAAAGACAUUCCGGUUGUGUGCGGCAGUGGCGUUAGCUUGGUGGUAUUGUGGCGAAAGGCUACAGCUCUGAAGAAGAGUGUGUGUUUUGUACUGAUAAAGCCCGAGCCCCUGCUUUGUUGUGUGGCAGUCCAGUCCGAGCUCAGUGUGAUAGCUGUACUGUGGUAGCCCUGUUACAGAGGACGCAUUCAUCAGACAGCUACUGAGAGGCUCAAUACACAAUGAGGCCUGAACCAAGACCUCUCCUCCUCCUCCUUGCCUCCCACGCCCUGCUCCUGCUCUGCCUUGCUCCGCGUUGCCAGGCGGUGCAGGCUGAGAAUGUGACGGUGUUGGAGGGAGGCACAGCCGAGAUCUCCUGUCGUCUGCAGAACUAUGACGGCUCCAUUGUGGUCAUUCAGAACCCUCGCAGACAGACUCUCUUCUUCAACGGCACACGAGCGUUGAAGGAUGACCGUUUCCAGAUGGUCCUCUUCACUCCCCGUCUGGUGCGCAUCACCCUCACCAAUGUGAGCGUCUCGGACGAGGGCGGCUACUUCUGUCAGCUCUACACCGACGCCACCCACCACCAAGUGGCCACGCUGUCCGUGUCCGUCCCCCCAGAGACCCCCACCAUAGAGGUGAAGCAGGAAGCCGUGGAGGGGGCCGAGGUGGAGCUCACCUGCCUGUCGCCACGGAGCAAGCCCCCCGCCACACUGCGCUGGAUCCGGGACCGCCGAGAGAUCCCAGGUGUGGUGUCCCAGCAGGACAAUGGAAAGACAGUGAGUGUGUCCAACACCAUACGUCUACCGGUGGAGAGGAAAGACAACGGGGCAGCGAUCAGCUGCGAGGCCUCCCACCCCGCCUUGGGAGGACAGAAGAGGAUCCGCCACUACCGCCUCGACGUCCACUUUGCCCCGACAGUCAGGAUCAUCCCUCCCCCGGGCAUUCUCAGAGAGGGAGACUCCCUCAGCCUCACCUGCUCCGUCACUGGCAACCCACUGCCUCGGAAUGUCUUGUGGUCCAGGAUCAAUGACACCAUACCCGAGAGGGCGGAGUUCUCUGGCCCUACGCUCCAGAUGUCCCGCCUCAGUCAGACACAUAACGGAACCUACCUGUGUCAGGCGCAGAACAACUAUGGCCGUGCGGCCGACCACUACACUCUGCUGGUGUAUGAGACUAUGUCUGUCACAUCCAUGGUGUUCCUCAUCUCCCAUCCCACCACCUCCCACCCCACCACCUCCCACCCAACCGCCCUCCUCACCCCUGACAACGCCCUGGAUCCCCGAGACCCUGGGGCAGUGGUUGAGACCCACAGCGCCAUGCCAUAUGCGGUGAUAGGGGGUAUCCUGGCCCUGCUGGUCUUCACUGUCAUUUGUGUUCUGAUCAUCACUAUCUGGUGCUCUGUCCGACAGAAAGGUUCGUAUCUUACCCAUGAGGCCAGUGGGUUGGAUGAGCACGGGGAGGUCCAAGAGGCUUUCCUCAACGGGAAUGACGUCGCCCAGGGCAAGAAGGAGUACCUACUGUAGCUCCAUCUCCAUAAACCCACCCUCAAUUCCCUUCAACACGCCAUAACCGGCGGCCUUCUGAAACGACUGUACUACAACCGCACACAGACCACAAACACAGCCCUUCACCCAGUCCAACACACACAGACCAGAACAGAGACACUGACGGCGACUCCAUCCUGCCAAUACAACGGCAGGAUGUUGUAGGUGUACUGGAGGAAGGAGGAAGGGGGAUGAAGGCGUGAGACAAAACGAUGAUGAAGUGAAGCUGUAACAACAGAUAGCCUCAUCACUCUCCUUCGCUGUGGUAAUUAGUGAGAUAGAGAUUUUGUAAAAAAUAAAUAAAAACAUUCAUUUCCAAAACUGUAGACCCAUAACUGGCACAGACAAACGUAUAGGUGGAGUGGACCUGGUUUCCCAGGAGCUGUUGAGUGCUCAGUGUAAAUACUUGCAUUUGCUAAAGCAUCUCAGCCCACAGGGAAAAACUCACCUGUAAUUAUUCUAAAACAAUUCAGAUCGUUACCACGAAAAGUCUCUUAAAGUAGUAGUGCUUUCUGAACUACCUAGGCAAUUCUCUAGGCGACCCAGGUAUUGUUUUUGCUGUUAGUAAUGGAUAAGCUGUCAGUGUUUUUCUGGGUAAUUUAGAAUGUGUCCUAUUAUGAAAGAAGACUUUCCUCCCACAACAAAGCUGUUAGAUCUCUUCCUUGAAUUAUGUCUCAGUCACCCUCCUCCCUCGCUACUCACCUGUAUCUGGUUGUCUUCUCUUCCCUUGUUCCCCUCUUCCUUCCUGUCUGUCUGUCUUUAUCUCUCCUCUGUUGUUGGCCAAUAAUGAAAGGAUUAGUGCCAGACUCCUUUCGUGAGUAAGAAGAAAUGACAUGGGUCGACAAAUUCACACAUAAAAGAGAAGCGUAAUUAUUUUAAAAUGCCAUUAAAGGGAUGGAUAUUUUUUUGAAUGCCAUUCACACAACAGACAAACACACACAAACACACAUAUACAGAAGUACAAGUAUACAUAUCUCUGAAAUCUUUAUUUGUAUAAAAGAGUCAACGGAAAGAUAACUUCAAUGAAUCUUUUAAGAACUGAAAAAAAAGUUUACUAUUAAACGCAUUAUGAAGCUACUAUACUAACAAAAAUGAUUAGCCUAGAGGUUAAAAACCGAACAAACUACUGUCCAGUGAUCUAUAAAAAAAAAGAAAACAAGAAAAAAAUGUUUCAUUUGUCUUCAUCAAAAACCUGAGGUCUUAUUGUUUUUUUUUUAUUCAUUACAGUUUUUAUUUGGACUAUUAUGAUCGUUGUUAUUGUUGUUAUUGUUAUUAUUAUUACUGUUAUUAUGAUUGUAAAUGUUAUAAAACGUGUUUGUUUUGAGUUAUUCUAUAGAAACUGCUGUCUAUUCACUUCUCUCUUCCUCUGUCUGUCUUUCUCCUUUCCAUGUUGGUCUCCUGUGCCUAUUUGUCUCUUCUUCUCGUGUCUUUCACUACUGUUGAUUUUAUAGUCCAUGUGUUGCUGUUGAUAUAGCUAACCAUUUCUUUAUAGGAGAAAGAUACAAAGCACGACAAAAUAAAACAUACUUCAAAAACA